CCCAUAAACUGCCAUAAAGAAAAUUCCAAAUUCUUAUCUGGGGAAGUCUUGCGGAAGAAUUAGAUUGAAUUGAAAGUGUUUUUUCUUCAAUAAUUGAUAGUGUUUCAGCAGAGAAAUAGUCCGUUCGUGAUUACAGAUUAGAUUAAUAGAUUCAUGAAAUUCUGCACCAGUUGUUAAAAUGCAUUUUCAAACAUUCUUUUGAGGUCCUGAGUGUGCUCUGCGAGAUUAAUAUCCUGCCAUUGUGUGAUGUUGACACUCUUCGUUCAUAUUUUAAAUAUUCGUUUGCAUUUGUAAUUUAAUUGGUAUCUAUAGUGCAUACAGAUUGCAGCCUCUCAUCUUUUGUUUCUCGAAACCUGGCUGUUCGUUCAAUCAUCUCCGCACGCUUAUGAUACUCAACCUACUUCAGUGACAUAAACUUUAAAAUCAUGGCAUAUGCUUAUCCCAAUCACAUAGGUGAUAUUGUUCAUCUCAAUGUUGGCGGAACCAGGUUUUCAACCUCCAGGCAGACUUUGAUGCUUGUUCCUGAUUCUUUUUUCACCGCUUUAUUAAGUGGAAGAAUCUCCAGCUUGAAAGAUGAGACAGGUGCCAUCUUUAUCGAUCGAGAUCCAAAGACUUUCGCUAUAAUUUUGAAUUACCUCAGAACUCGAGAUAUUGAUCUCAAGAACACAGAUAUUAGAACUCUUCGUUUAGAGGCAGAAUACUAUGGAAUUGCUCCACUUGUGAAGAGAUUAGUGUUAUGUGAAGAUUUAACCCAGUCAUCCUGCGGUGAUGUCCUCUUUUAUGGCUAUUUGCCUCCCCCAAACAUACCCGUUCAAGAUUCGGGUGGACCAGCGAGUAAGGUGGAGGAGCCGAGCACGUCAACUCGGGGUGAUCAGAUCACUACUCCAUGUGUUCAUCCAAACCCACCUCCGAACUCUCCCUCAGCCUCUCCGAUACCACAUACUCAUGGAGCAUACCAAAGAUGUCACUCGAGGAAUUCCUCUCUAGAUAUGCGUGUUUCAACUAAUUUCCCUCGAAGCUCAAGCGACACGCGAAGAAAUGGCACCAACAAUGGUCAUUCUAGAACAGCUUCCUUGGAUCUUCGUCAUACAAGAAAUUCCUCAGCUGAUCUGAAUAAAUAUAUUCGAAAUGAUAUUGGUCUCGUAUUCGGUUGCUCUCAAGGUUCAAACUGGACAGAAGCAAACAAAGUGCAAAUCAUCAAAGCUCACCAUCAUUGGAUUGCAAUUGCCUAUGCUCACUUCAUUGUUUGCUACAAACUCAAAGAUCAUACGGGAUGGCAACACGUUUUUACCUCCAGUUAUAUAGAAAGCUAUAUUGAACGGUUAGCAAUUAAUGCCAAAAUAGGUCAGCCCGGUGUUGGUGAAGCAACCAAUAAAAUGAUUGCCAUUUCUUAUGGAAGUCAAGUCAGAUUGUGGGGAAUCUCUGAAAAUGGAAAUCGAACAAAUAUUGGAACUUUUAAUCUUAGUGUGAGAGUGGAGCACUUAUUUUUCAUCGGAAACCAGCUUGUGGGAUUAUCAUCAACAGGCAAAAUAGGUGUAUGGCAUUCAAUGACACAGCACUGGCAGGUCCAAGAUGUCGUUCCCAUUUCAUCAUUCGACACAGCUGGUUCUUUCCUGCUCCUUGGCUGCAACAAUGGCUCCAUCUAUUACAUUGAUAUGCAAAAGUUCCCACUCCGCAUGAAAGAUAAUGAUCUACUGGUAACUGAGCUGUAUAAAGAUCCAUCAAAUGAUCCUAUCACGGCAAUUUCUGUUUAUCUAACUCCAAAAACAAACGUCUGUGGAAAUUGGAUUGAAAUAGCUUACGGCACUUGUUCUGGGAUUGUUCGAGUAAUUGUGCAACAUCCAGAAACUGUGGGGAAUGCACCUCAGUUGUUCCAAACUUUCACUGUUCAUCAGAGCCCUGUUACGAAGGUAACUUUAUCAGAAAAAUAUCUGGUCUCUCUUUGCUGUGAGUAUAAUCAUGUCCGCUCAUGGAGUGUGAAUCGAUUCAGGGGAAUGAUAUCAACGCAACCAGGCUCUACACCAAUUGCCUCUUUCAAAAUAUUAUCUUUGGAUGAAGUGGAGCCAUGUGUUAGCUAUGCUGCUGGAAACGAUUGUGGUCCUUUUGGAGAGCAAGAUGACGAACAAAUUUUUGUUCAGAAAGUGGUGCCUGAAACUUGCGAGCUUUUUAUUCGGUUAGCAUCUAAUGGAAGAAGGGUUUGUGUCAUUCGAGCAGCGGAUGGAGUCACUAUCACAUCAUUUUGCGUCCAUGAAUGCGAAGGCUCUAGUCGGAUGGGGUCAAGACCACGGCGCUUCAUCUUUACAGGACAUAGCAAUGGAGGUGUUCAAAUCUGGGAUCUGACUGCUGCAUUAGAGCUGGUCUCCAAAGGGGAACCUCUCCAAACGUAUGGAGGCCCUACACCUCACGAACUACUGAGACUUCUGGACCAGUGCGAUUUGAGCAACAGUCACUGCUCAACUCCGUGUAUCUCACCUUGUCCGGCUAACUUAAGUGGAGCAGCCGCAGCUCGCAUCAAGGCUGCCAAUAUGGACUUCUUGAACCAGCAAAUGGCUGCCUCAACCCCUCCCACUCCUGGCACGCACCACUAGUAACAGGCAAUAAAUCUUGCUGGAAGAAAGACACCGAAGAUCUCUGGUUUUAUAAAAAUCGAUACUUCUGAGAAUCUUCAAAACAUUUUCUCAAAAAUGCUCUGAUCAAUCCCUCAUCCCCCCUGAAAUGAGGUUGAAAUUUUGUUUUACUCUAUUCCUCACAGUAUUUUGGGAAAUCCUUCAGGUCUUCUUUGCUUUUCACUGCUUGCUGUUCGUUUUUCAACUGAAAUUUCUAUCAAAAGUAAGUAACAAUGCAAUUUUCAAAGAAAAUUUAUGAAAGCAAGAUCAAAAGAAGACUUGUGAUUUUUUAAAUAUGUGGGUGAAGUUUACUCAUCUCAUACAUUUUCAGCUUGAAUUUGGCUGGUCGCGUUCGACUGCAAAUCGAACAAACAUAACCUUACAAGUAGCUGAAUUGGUCAAUGAGAGCUUAUAGCUGAUUCAUGGACCACUUGAGUCAGCUGUAACUGACACACGGCUGAUCAACAAAAUUUGGCUCCUCGGAUAUUGCAAUUUUUUGUCAUGUGUGAUUUUAACCUUAUGAUUUAUGUUGUCGAUUCUUUAACUAUCAGUUUAUGAAAUUUUACUCAGUGGAAAAGGUGUGUAUUGGUUUAUGUUUCUCUAUGGGUCCAACCCACGAUCUCUAGAAGAUUAAAUUUUGUUGAUUUUGUCAUCGUUUCCCCUUUGUAAAACAUUCGAUUUUACCAUUCCAUCUUUAUUUUUAAUGUACGAUAAGACUUUAAAUGACUUCAAAAUUGAAUCAUCACAAUAUCAGAGAAUUUUUCUUGUCUAAUGAAUCUCUGAAGACUACCUAGAAAGGUUGGUUUCAGAAACAUCCUAACAGAAAGGUGUACCUUUAUCAGGCUUUGCACUAAUAAUAGAAACUCACUUUAAGGUAGCCUCCUCUAAGCAACUUGACCAAUGGACCACUAAACAAGGUGCAAAUUUAGGCGUUCGGAUAUGUGUGGUGUAUCCUGUUCAACAUUUCACGGGAAACACAAUUUGGGCAAUGAAAAUCACAGAAAUUACUUCCUUUGUGAGACACUUAAUGUGUCUUGAUGUGUGGAUUCAAACCUCCCACUCAUGUAAAAACAAAAGUUUACGUGAGUCAAAUUGCGCACAAAACGUUACUGUAACAGUCUCUGCGGUAUCAAAUUAUAGUAGACUCAAUCUCUGUGCUUUGACUCAGCUGUUGUACGUUAUUAACACUUUGAAUAACACAAGGCAGAGGAGGAAUCCUGCUCAAUUAAGAAACCUGCCAAAACCGUUGAACAACACAAGGUGGAGAAGGAGUCCUGCUCGAUUAAACCGUUGGAGUGCGCGAUUUGAUACAAGUAGACUAUUAUUUCCCUUGUGAGCAAGGAAUUCAAAUUUCUGGUAGCCAAUGUAAACUAUGUACAAUAAUAUCUUAGUUAGAAAUUGAUUUUGGUAUUUUUUUUUUUUUUUCGGCUAAUCAAGCUCUACGUGAAAUUUUGGUUCGGAAACAUAGAUUAGAAUGCUUACAUUCGCAAUUUGUCUAGUGGCUUGUUGAAUUGUUGAUCAAACUGCUCAGAAAAAUUUUCUCAAAACUAAUCCAGGCAUUUUUUCCAAUGCAUUUCUACUUUUGACAACAUCUGAAUCCUGUUUCCACAAACUGUUUUCAUGCCUCGUUUACUUGUGAAAGGAGUCCUGUUUUUAAAACUUGCGGAAGUCUUACCUGCAUUUUUCUGAAACAUUUUUUCAUUAGUGAGAGAUACUUGAAGGUAUCGUACCCUACUUGAAUAAUACCUAUAAUAACAUGUAUGUAUUUAUGUACAUCAGAUGGCUUCUUUCAUCAAAACUCUGUCUUCUUCAGUUUCUUCAUUUAUUUUUUUCAUCUGUAUUUUUAUUCUCACCAUGAGUCUGAUUCUAACCAUGAGUCAAUGAAGAUCAAUCAUUUUCCGCAAUGAAUAAGUGGACUCAUAAUCCAUGCUGAGAAAUUGCAUGGUUAUAUCAAUGACCAAAGUGCGAAACCAUGUAUCUCCAUCGCGAUGAAUCAAAAUUUCCGCUCCUAAAUUAUUUUUUUAAAGGAUAUCAAGGGAACCUUAUAACUUUAAAUUCACAUAGAAUACUUCUUACAGGGAAGAAAAAAUCACGUAAGUUUUCAAGAAAAGAUGGUCACUAAUUUCCCAAAGGAAAAAUAAAGCAUGACAGGAAGUCUGCAAUGCCACAAAAGGAGAUACGUUGUUUCGCACUUCAGCCAUCGAUAUGUAAAUCUGUUAUGUUAUUAAUUUUUCACAAAACUUUAUUUAUUUCACCCUAUGUAAACAUAGGUAAGCAUGUGCUCUGUAAUCAUAGGUAGUUCAAAAUUAUCGUUGUAUCAUAAUGCUUUAAUGCUAUAAAUAUACAAAUCUGAUCAAAUAUUUUA